AUGGACAACGAUACUACUUCAAACGUCGUUUCUACGUCUUUUGACGUGAUAGGAAGUCUAUAUGCUAUUGCACCGUUAAUCGAAAAUGUGCCUGAAGAAUAUGACUAUUCAUGCAUUGAAUAUUACGACAAACACAUCUAUUUAGGAACUACUUCGGGGAAGUUACUACAUUAUUUUGAAUUAGAUGCCGGAAACUACACUUUAAUAUCUCAGCUAGAGUUCAAUGACAGCGAAGACUCUUCUAUAGACAGGAUAACACUUUUACCAGAAAUUGAUAGAGCGCUUGUGUUAUCUGAGGGAGAGGUAAAGUUGUUCCUACUACCAGAGUUUGCUCCUGCGACUAAUGUGUAUAGUAUAAAAAACAUCACAGACUUUUGUCCUUUAAAUUAUUCCAAAACAUCUAAUGCUUAUCCUUGUUUUAUGUUCUCAAAUGAUACCAUUAUCGGUGUCAGUGUCAGUCCGAAACAGAUGAAGAUCGAAAAGACGUAUGGCGUUAAAGGGAUCCAAGUCGCAUUGCCUAUAACUGAUAAAAGAAAAUUAAUGGGUGCCGUCGAUAACACUUAUAGUAUCAUUGAUCCUCAGAAAGAAUCUACUAUUCCCCUAUUUAAAGUAUGCGAAGAAGAUGCGAAAGAAUUGACUCCAACUAUCGCCAACUUUGGUAAGAACGAGUAUAUUGUUAUUUGUGGAAUAUCAAAUGAAGAAAGCUGUAUGGGAUUGAUUUUGAAUGAUGAAGGUGAGAUUACUCAGGGGACAAUUGUCAUUGAGAAGUAUCCCACAAGAAUAGCGGUCGAGUAUCCAUAUGUUUUCGCCGAGUUACAUGGAUCUAAAACUGUGAAUAUUCAUAUGCUUAAAGAAAAUGAUGACCCAGAGGUAGUGCAAUCAAUUUCUAGAGAAGAUCCAUUUCAUAUCUCAAAGACUCAAAGGUCUUUCCCUGCAAAGUACUAUAAUAAACAACUAGUGGAACUUUUGCGAUACGUACCACUCACAGGUGAAAAACUCCAAUUUCGGGAGGACCAAGAAAAGGCAUACGUUGAGAGAAAUAUCGACAUAGAAACAGAUAUGCUUCUCUAUGGAAAAGACGGUAUAUCUUAUUUACAACAAAAGCCCAAUUUACUCAAUAUUACUAGCUUUGGGGAAGAAACGAUCCCUACCCUUGAAAAGUAUAUUUCCUUAAAUCCUUUGUCCAAUUACAGUAAACUGGAGCACAACUACUUUCAUAUUCUAUACAUAUUGAUGCUGGUAUUUCAUUGCAAUUCAAUCGAUGAGACAUUGAUAGAAAAAUGGCUGCGAUGCGCUGACGUCGUGGACAUCCGAAUCCUUCUUUAUUUCUUUGACUUCAAAAUUUAUGGAGAUUUAUGGAUUCCGAAUGGGUUACUGGAGUUUACUGAAAAGCUUCACCAACUUAAACUUAUCCAUAAGUGCAAAGAUGUGCCUAAAGUUCUUCAUUUCCUGAAAAGGCGUCUAAAGGAGGAGUCUGCUGAUGGUUUGAAAGACAGUGCUAAUAUCUAUUUAAGUUUAGAUAUCAUAUUGUUACACAUGGAUAUGAAGGAGAGGAAAGUAAAUAUAAAAAACUAUGAAGACACAAGCUAUCACGUAAUAAUAGAAGAAUUAAGCAAAGAAGAGGACGAUUAUGCAGAAGUCCUAUUGGAAUUAUACGAGCAACUAAAUGAUAUAGAAGGGAUACUUAAAAUAUUAAGGCGAAAAGAUAGCAGACGCUUAAUAAAGUUUAUGAAGGACAAUGUCGAUAAGCUACCCGAAACUUAUUCUGAGGAAGACAUGAUAAAAGAUAUUUCAACGGCGCUAAAAAGCAACCAUGAAUUUGAAAAUAACGAGGUAGUCUAUGAUGUGUUGGAAUUGAUGAAAAUCUUAUCCAUUGAUACUACCAAAUUUACUUCACGUAUUGAAGAUUCAGAAAUGAAAGCAUUCUUAUUAGAAAAAUUGGGUGUCACAACCACGAAGGAUCUAGACUUCUUAUAUCAAUACUACAAAACUAAGUUAACAAAUUGCAAUACAAAGUUGAUGGACUCAAUGAACAUCCGUAUUACAUCCUAUGUUACAAACUUAAACUACGACAAACCAACAUUAAAGAAAUAUUUACAGACUAAACUUGAUGAUUCCGAUGAUUAUUCAACACUUUUAGAUGUUGGUCGCAAGUUAAUCGAUGUCGAGAAAAGGUUAAAUGAAACAAAAGACUCUUUUCUUGAUGAAAUAGAUGCAACAUAUAUCCUAAGACUUCUUCUGGUAGAAACGGAAGAUUUAGAAGCCACCCUCGGUUCGGAGAAAUUGUUAGAAUUGUACUUGUCCUGGAAUGAUUUUUCAGCAGUAGAUACAAUAGUGGAAGGAAAUGAAGAGAGCAUAUUACAAAUAUUGGAUCAUUAUGUCAGUCUCAAAAAUGAGACAGUAUUAUGCCGUUUCCUUGUAAGAAACAAAACCCAAAUCAGUAGCAUGCAUUCAAACAGAGAGGUAUUUGAGAAAAUUCCACCAACAAUACCACUUAACUUACUACAAGAGUUAUUAUUUCCCGUAUUUAGGAGGAACAAUAACACGAUGCAAAAUCUUCAUAUCGAGAAAGGGAUCCUAAAACAUUAUUUACAAGCAUUAAAAGGUAUCGAAAGGCGUUUAGAGCCUUGA